GCCAGCGCCCGGCUCGGGAGAGCGCGCGGGCACGGCGGGGGCAUGGGGCGGGCGGCGUGGGCACUGCUGUGGCUGCUGCUGGGCCGCGCCGGGGCGCAGUACGAGAAGUACAGCUUCCGCGGCUUCCCGCCCGAGGACCUGAUGCCCCUGGCCACCGCCUACAGCCACGCGCUGGAGCAGUACGAGGGCGAGAGCUGGCGCGAGAGCGCGCGCUACCUGGAGGCGGCGCUGCGGCUGCACCGGCUGCUGCGGGACAGCGAGGCCUUCUGCCACGCCAACUGCAGCGGCCCCGCCGGCCCCGGCGCCGCGGCCCCGGGGCCCGAGCCCGCCCGCGCCGACGCCUGGGCCCGCGAGCUGCAGCUCUUCGGCCGCGUCCUGGCGCGCGCCGCCUGCCUGCGCCGCUGCCAGCGCUCGCUGCCCGCCUUCCAGGUGCCCUACCCGCCCCGGCAGCUGCUGCGCGACUUUCAGAGCCGCCUGCCCUACCAGUACCUGCACUACGCGCACUUCAAGGCUAACCGGCUGGAGAAGGCGGUGGCCGCGGCCUACACCUUCCUGCAGAGGAACCCGAAGCAUGAGCUCACCGCCAAGUAUCUCAGCUACUACCGGGGGAUGCUGGACUCCGAGGAGCCCCUCACCGACUUGGAAGCGCAGCCCUACGAGGCCGUGUUCCUGCGGGCUGUGAAGCUCUACAACAGCGGCGAUUUCCGCAGCAGCACGGAGGACAUGGAGCGGGCUCUGGCGGAGUACCUGGCCGUCUUUGCCCGCUGUCUGGCCGGCUGUGAGGGGGCCCAAGAGCAGGUGGACUUCAAGGACUUCUACCCGGCCAUAGCAGACCUCUUUGCAGAAUCUCUGCGGUGCAAGGUGGACUGCGAGACCGACCUGACCCCCAACGUGGGCGGCUACUUCGUGGAGAAGUUUGUGGCCACCAUGUACCACUACCUGCAGUUCGCCUACUACAAGUUGAACGACGUCCGCCAGGCGGCCCGCAGCGCAGCCAGCUUCAUGCUCUUCGACCCCCACGACAGCGUCAUGCAGCAGAACCUCGUGUAUUACCGCUUCCACCGGGCCCGCUGGGGCCUGGAGGAGGAGGACUUCCGGCCCCGAGAGGAGGCCGUGCUGUACCACAACCAGACCACAGAGCUGCGGGAGCUUCUGGAGUUCGCAGAGCUGUACCUGCAGUCUGACGAUGAGAUGGAGCUGGAGGAGACAGACGCGCCCGCAGAGCCGGAGACCCCCCCAUCAGAUGCUGAGUUUGAAGGGGAGGGCGACUACGAGGAGGGCAUCUAUGCCGACUGGUGGCAGGAGCCGGAUGCCAAGGGCGACGAGGCUGAGGCUGACCUGGAACCUGAACUAGAUUGAGAAGAAAGAUCCCUGGAUGGACACCUCAAAAGCUGGGGAAGCCUGGGGCCAGUGGCACCCCUCAGCCACCUGGACAGCAGCAAGAACUAUUUAUUAAAAAUGUGCGAUGGACAGA